AUACAGUUGAUAUGGAAAAGAUUGGUUUUAUGGUCUGUGUCGGUAUCGCGUUUACUUAUUAACCCGUAUAGUUCCAACCUACUGUUAACUUCAGAUCCAAUGCAAUGGUUCAGAUACGUUUUCCAGCGAAGCUUUGAUGAAGUAGAGGACCUGUCAUUUCGGAAACCUGAACGCUCGCCUCCGAUUUAUCUGCGUUGUUUUUGACUUUGAAUACUUUGUUGGGUAAAGCAAAUGUUCUUUAGGGGGUAGUGGUGUAUUGCAGCUCUCUUCUUCCUUACUAUGCACCCUUGAAAUCAUGUGGAGCCAGUAUACAUAUACGAGUUUGCCGGUUGGGUUAGAUGAACCUCCUCCAUCGCAGUCUCAGAAAACCGCUCCCUCUCAGUCAUUGCUGCUUUCUGGAUUGUACACGGCAGUUACCUGCCUGUCAUGCCUCAUCCUUGUCAUAACCUUCCCUCUCUCCAUCUGGUGUCUUCUAAAGAUAGUGCCAGAUUAUCAACGUGUAGUCGUAUUUCGUCUUGGACGUGCACGGGGACCCCGAGGGCCAGGACCAGUCUUACUCCUUCCUUUGAUUGAUCAACUUCAUAGAGUGGACAUGAGAGUCCGUGCCUUCAACAUACCACCAUCUAAGGUGAAGUCACGGGAUGGUGCUCUGGUGUCCCUUGGAGCUGAUGUCCAGUUCCGUGUAUGUGAUCCCGUGCUGUCUGUCCUCUCGGUUCAGGAUCUGAACUUUGUGAUACGUAACACGGCGCAGAACCUCUUGACACAAAGCCUCGGCAGAAAGUAUCUGAGGGAAAUCCACAGUGAUCGGGUGCGCAUAGGUGAACAUCUGAAGGAAGAUAUUAAUGAAGAGGUGAAGCCAUGGGGUGUGUGUGUGGAACGUGUAGAGCUGGCUUUGGAGGCCAUCGUGCAGGCACCUGAAGAUACUUUGGACGGUACUCUGAACAUACAAUCCAAGCCCCCUAGCGGAGGAUUCGAGCAACUACUCCUUCAGGUCAUCUCACUGGCCAAACAAAGUUCGGAGAAUGACUCCAAGCCGUGUGCAGGCCUUUCAUUGCAACAGCUGCUGUCUCGCUUAGAGGGAAAUCUGACUUCAUCACUGGUUUCUGAAGUGGGGUCAUCCUUUCAGUUUUAUUUGACUUUACAGGGUGGGGAGAAGGCAGCAUAUUUCCUUGACUUGACAUCAGGUUCUGGCCAGUGUGGAUGGGGAGUAUUCCAUCGUAAUCCUGAUGUGACUUUGGAACUUACCGAAGCUGACCUCCUGUUGCUAAUUCAAGGAGAUCUUCACCCCCUGGCUGCUUACACACAGGGUCGUUUACGUGUGACUGGAGACGUGCAGACUGCUCUCAAGCUACAGAGGGUGUUACCGGUCGCAAAGCAAUGAGAUACAAACGUAUAUUCUUUCAUAGUCUUUAAAUAUUUAUUUUUUAUGGAAUGGUAGCAUUUUCUAAAUUAUUUUUGUUUUUAAACUCAGAAAAAGAGUCCAGAUUUUAUUGUUCUUUGGCCAGUUCCAGCACAGUUUAUGUGCUUUUGCUUUAUACAUAUGAGUAAGACUUUUUCAUUGUCUGCUGUGAUCUGUAUCUUUAUCUUUAUUUAGUGUGUAUAUAUGGUUAUUUUUAGUAAUGCCCAUUUACUGCAGAAACCUAUAGAGGUACUUAUAUGCACUUCAACUUAUGUUUUGGUUCCACAGUAAAUGGGGACAGUACCUUUAUUUUUAUUUAUUUUUUUUUUUAAGUCUUUUCAGGUUGUGAUUUUUUUUUUGUCAUGUGACAGUUAA